AUGUUAAAUGGUAAUUUUGUAUUACAGAAUAAUCAGAAUGUUUCAUUAAAUUUUGGAGCAAACAGUGUUGAAGGAAUAGAUGCUAAGGAUAUUGACCCUGGGUCUAAUGGAUUUCAACUAAAAAUAGAGAAAUCACCAAUUUUAAUAGCUUAUGAUCUAACAUAUAUGGCAACACUUUAUCAUGAUUUUGAAGAAGAUAUAAAACUUUUUUCAUAUACCCAAGUUAAUUAUAAUCCAACAGGUUUUUGUUAUGAUGAUAUUAGGAAUUGUCAAAAGGUUCGAAAUCAAUAUUUAUACGGUACUCCAAAUCUUCCACCUGGUCAAACUAAUUGGAAUAAAGAUUCACCUGUUCCACCAGGUUCCCAAGGGGUUUGUUGUUGGUGUCCUGAGUUAUAUAUUACUUUAAAUACUAAUGCACCAUAUUCAAGAGCUACAUUACAUUGUACUUGGAUCCAACAAAGACUCUGGUGGAAUGUAUAUUUGUCAAAAUCUUGUCCUGUUUGGAUACCUCCUUGGUGGACUGCUCUUAGAAUAGGAGGAUGGAAUUGGCAAUAUUCAUUAAAUACAAGUUUAUCUUGGUUUAGUCCAAAUAAUUCAUCAAUUGAAGAAUUAUCUAGUAUUUCAUCUGUAACAAAAGAACAGGAAUGUAUAAAGAAAAAUAAACAAACUAAUUUAGAUUGUGGUCGUUUAAGACACAAUUAUUCUGGGACUCAGAUAUCAAUGCAUAUAUUAAAUUCUUCAUCUCCAUCUUUCUAUGACCCAGAUUUUGGUGCUACAAUACAAGUGAUUAGUUCAGGUCCUCCAUUUGGUAGUGCAAAUGCUAAAGAUUUAAAUGGAUUUGUAAUGUUACAGCCUACAUAUGUUCCUCCUGGGAUGCCACCUAGUUUUGAAAUACCAAUUCUAAAUAAUUAUUGUAGUUCUAAGAGUAUAAAAUGUAAUGAAAGUGAUAUUUAUUGUAAUCCUAAUAAUUGUUUGAAACCAACUUUAAUACUUCCACCCGAUACAGUCGAUUUUACUGGAGUAUCUUGUAACAAAAUAGCUUCUAGUAUAUAUACAUGGAGUUCAGUAAAUGGAAGAUUUUGUUAUCAUCCACCAUUAACAUGUCAAAAUGUUCAAAUUGCAGAUUAUUAUAAAAAACUUAUUAAGGAUCAAACUUCUGGUAAAAUUUCAGAAUUUUCUGUUGAAGCACAAAAUUCUGGGGAACCUCAGCUAAUUAUUACUCCGAGUAAUUAUAAUAGCAGUAAUAUGAUAAGUGAUGAUAAUAAUUCUACACUUCAGUUUUAUCUGGGAUAUGUUUUUGAUUCUAUAUUUGAUACUGAAAUAAUGUUUUCUGUGGAAGCUUCUUCAGUAUCAUGGGUUGCCUCUGCUGCUCCUGGUAUAAUUACUUAUAUAGAACCACCCCCAAUAGAAUCUUGUUUUGCUAUGGGAUAUACUGGAUGUCCAAUAAAAAUAUAUGUUCGAAAUAGUGGGACUUUUGAGUCUGGUUUUGUAGUUCAAAUUCCAUAUUGUACAAAGGAUUCGAAACCAACAAAUGAGGUUAAUCCUAUUAUGGCACAAUCAAGAAGUAUUAAAGCACAGUCUACUGGAGUUUUUACAUUUAUUAUAGGAGUGUCUGUGACUUCUGGAAGCAAAUAUGAAUGUACUGCUGUUUUAUAUAAUUCAUUUUCCAUACAUCUUGAUCAACAUCUAUUUACAUUUUCAACUCAAUCUUCACCAAUUACUUUGGCAGGUUCAAGAGCAGUAAUAGGACAAGCCCUGGUAAACAUAACUUCAUUAACAAAUGAAAAAUAUCCAUCUAUAUUUACAACAAAUCCAUGCCUAGCUUGCAAAUCAAAUUUUUGGUGUAUAAUUGCUAAUUUUGGAGCCUGCGUUAGAUUAGGCCUUAAAUUAGCUGGUAUUAUAUUAGCAAGUAUAAUAGGAUGUCUUGUAUUAUUUAAAAUAAUUGGAUGCUUGAUUAGUAUAUAUGGAGCUUCAAAUAAGAUCAGGAUUCAAAAGAAUAGUAAUCUAAAAAAUGAUGAUUGGGAAUAUUAUGAUGAAGCUCCAGUUUAUCAACCUCGUGUUUUAAAUUAUAAAUCUAGGUCAAAGAAAUAA